AUGCUCAUCGGAGCUGAGACGUUCUUUGAGCUGCUGUCUGUCGGCUCGUCGGCCGUCGAGACCGUCCAUUGCGACAAGGCGACGAACUUCGUAGGAGCAAGUCGCCAGUUCCUGCAGUUGCGAGCUCGAAUCGAGGAAGAGGCGGACGCAAUUCACGAAUUUGCGUUCAUACCGCCAAGAGCUCCGCACUUCGGGGGUCUGUGGGAGGCAGGUGUGAAGUCUGCAAAUCACCUACUCCUACGGACGGUAGGCAGCCUGCUGCUAACGGCCGAGGAGCUGCAGGCGACUCUUGUCGCAGUAGAAGCCGUCCUCAAUUCCAGGCCCCUGGGAGCAAUAAGCGAGGACCUAAGCGAUGGCGAGGCUCUAACGCCAGGCCACCUACUGCAACAGUUUUGGCGGCGAUGGUCAAAGGAGUAUGUGCUCGGACUCCAAGUGCGGAGCAAGUGGCACCGUCGCCUGCCAAACGUCGUCGUGGGAGAGCUGGUGGUCGUCGCCGAGGAUAAUCUGCCGCCCCAGCAGUGGCUGAACGGCAGAGUGACGGAAGUGCACGCAGGAGAGGACGGCGUCGUUAGAGUGGCAGAGUUAAUCUCUGCUAAUCUCGGCUAG